GCUCUCUGGGUUUAUGGUAAAUUCCACUCUCAGGCGUAGAACCCACCUAGUUCAAUCCUUCUCUGUCUGCUUCCUCUACUGGUUCUAUGUGUUUUCAUGAACACCAUCUCUUCAUAAAAUAGCUCUGCAUCACAACUUAUAAGUAAUUAUAUUGCUUAUUUGAGGUUUUUUCAUUUUGUUUUCAAAAUUAGCAUCUGGGUUGUUCAAAUAAUCAUUCUAGUUUUAUUAGGUAAAAGAAAAGAUUGGUUUUUGAUUCUGCUAAGCAUAUUUUCCACAUGGGUUCUUCUAGUGGGGUUUCUUCAGGGUCAAGCAUGCUUCAGAACUCAGGCUCUGAUGAAGAUCUUCAUCAGGUCAUGGACCAAAGAAAGCGCAAAAGAAUGCUAUCCAAUCGGGAAUCGGCACGUAGAUCUAGGAUGCGCAAACAGGAACAUCUGACCGAUCUGACGGCGCAAAUUGGUCUUCUGAAGAAGGAGAACCACCAAAUCAUCACAAGCAUGAAUGUGACCAACCAACUCUACAUGAACCUUGAGGCAGAGAACUCUGUUCUCAGAGCUCAGAUGGAUGAGCUCAGCAACAGACUGCAGUCUCUCAAUGAUAUCAUAGACUGCAUUAACUCAAGCAAAUGGCUUUUAGAGGCUGAAGAAGAAGACACUCAGAUUAUUGGUGGUGAUGGAUUUCUUAAUCCAUGGAGCACUCUCUGUUUGAACCAACCAAUUAUGGCUUCUGCUGACAUGUUUAUGUGUUAAUAAUCUUAAUUUGUUCAAAUCAUGGGUUAAGUGAGCUUUUCUGGUGGUGUUUUUGAGAAAUUAGUGGGUUCAAGAUGUAAGUUAGAAGCCCAUGUCAUGUGUAAAUUUGUUAUUAUAAUGAUGGAUGGGUCAUGGGUUUCAACUGUUCAACAUGUAGGCAUUGUGUAAGCAAUCAAUCUUUCUGGUUGCCAAUUACUUGAUUUAAUAAAAUACUAUUUUGUUUGAA